AUGAGUCAACUCGGCGAUUUGCUCAGAGAAUCAUCGGCGGAUGGAACCGGAAGUGGGAGAACGAUGAUGUUGAGUUUGCUCGAGGACGAUCAAAUCGACGGUGAAGAUCGAGCGAUGAGCAAGUGGACAACGUUGAAACGACGGCUGAGAUUUGAUUGGGUUGCCUGUUGCGGUGGUCCCACUUUGCGUCUCAGAGAAUCGGAAGCGCCAAUCGCCGAGGAAGAUGACAAUGACGACGAGGAGGAGUACUCGGGUCAAAAUCGGGUCGUUGACUCGUCGGAUUCGGUUCCGGGUCCGGGUUUGGUUACGGAGCCGGAUUGUUUGACACGUGGCACAAGGAACCUCGCGGAGGCUCUUGCGGAGGAGAGACUAGCGCGUGGUGAACACGUGACGGAGACUCAAGUUGCUAAAGUACCGUUGAUGAAGUUGCUGGCGGAAACGGACGGUUGCGAUUCGACGACGUGGUUAGGUUGUGAUUCGGUGUGUUGCGUGUGUAUGGGAAGGGAGAAAGGCGCGGCUUUUAUCCCAUGUGGACAUACGUAUUGUAGAGUUUGUUCAAGAGAGAUCUUGAUGAACCGUGGGACUUGUCCUCUUUGUAACCGUUCGAUCUUUGACGUUCUCGAUCUUUACUGA